AUGUGUCACCUGCAGAUCCGGACUCUGGUCUUUGUGGCCUGGGUCUGCGGUUACGUCGCCUUUCUGCUGUCCGUCAGGAAGAUGUGGACCGGCAAGUACGUCCGGAGUCCGGUGGUUCGAUCCCUGCUCAGCAACAUGGUGAACGACGCAGAAACUGCCGGGGUCGAGACCCAGGAGUGGUACCUGUGUUGUCCUGACCUGCUUGGAGAAACAGUUCGACCCCCUGUAUGUCCAGAGUCAUUUGGACUCGGACACCAAGCUUUUCUCAAACGGAGCAUAGAGAAGUCCAGCUGGUUGUUAACCCAGUUGUACCACUCUUUUAUGUCAACAGUCCUCAGCCCUCUGGUCUCACGCACCUUCAUCAACGGGUUGUUGGGUCGCGGCUCUAUGUUUGUGUUUUCUGCAGAGCACUUCCAGCGGCUGAUGCGGAUCGGGCCGGAGUGGCGGGCAGAGAGACUGCUGGACCUUGGGGCUGGGGACGGGGGCAUCACUGAGGUGAUGGCCGUCCACUUCAAAGAGGUUCACGUCACUGAGGUGUCGCUGCCAAUGAAAUGGCAUCUCCAGAGGCGGGGUUACAAACUGCUGGGAAUAGAUGUGCAGCAUACAGGCUUCCAAUAUGAUGUCAUCAGCUGCCUGAAUCUGUUGGACCGCUGCGAUCAUCCUCUGAAUCUCUUGCGGGACAUCAAGCAAUCGCUAGUUCCACCACAGGGCGCCUCAUUCCUGGCCGCAGUGCUUCCCUUCCAGCCUUAUGUGGAAGUCGGAGGGACGGUGCAGUGCCCGAAGGAGCGCCUGUACGUAAAAGGAAAGACGUGGGAGGAGCAAGUGACCAAUCUGUCCAAUGAGGUUUUCCGUCAGGCGGGGUUUGAGGUAGAGGCUGUGACGCGGUUGCCAUACCUCUGCGAAGGCGACAUGUAUCAAGACUACUACGUCCUGGAUGAUGCAGUUUUUGUUCUCAAGGCGUCAGAUAAUUUAGGGGAGUCGACUUAAUGGUUAAAGAUUCGUGCAUAUUGCAGAAAGAAACCCGCAGAAUGUCUUCAUCCAGGAGGUUAUGCUUUCAACCUAGUGUGUAUGUUUGUAACAUGACUUGAAAGAAAGGAACCUAUUUUCAUAAUAUGUGUGAAGGAUUGCAUUUGACUUGUAGAUUCUUGACAAAGGGGCAGAGCCUUAAUAUUUUAUCAUGGUAAAAGUAAGUCCCUUCGGCUGCUCCCUUGUUUGCACUUGGGGUCGCCACAGCAAAUCCAAGGUGGAUCUGCAUGUUGAAUUGGCACAAGUUUUACCAUGGUGGGGUUUGGUAUUUAGGGCCUUGGCAGAGAUAUGUGGUACAACUGGUGUCUUUCUAGAGUACUAAAUGUUAGUGUGUGCGCAUAUAUGUAAGGACAAGCAGGUCUCGGUUGACAUGUACGUGGUAUCUUCCUGAAGACUUUGUUCAACAAGGUUAAGCUUGAUACACUUCACGUCACUAAGACGUCUUUUAAGUUUGACUUUGGAGGCAUUUCAAAUGUGGCCAGCGGGGAGGCUUAGUCUCAAUGUCUGUGUGCAAUAUCUUGAAAAAAACUUCACAUAUUAAGGUGAAAUUUGCCACAGAUCACCUUUCUAAGACCUUGGUCAAGGUUCGACAUUGGCCAUGUUUCAGGUUUAAUUGUGGG